GCCCUUUAACAGAAACACGUGGUUUCUGCAAACAUCCGGGUUUCAGAAAAGUGGAAACAAAAAUUGCAACAAUGUUUUGACGCACAGCUCCUUUGACGCACGUCUUUGCCAAACUUCUACUUCUGUCAUCGUGUCCAUGUUGUUGAAAUAUGAAGAUGGAGGACGGCAGCCUGGUUUCAGACUCUGAGGACAUCUCUACGCUGUUCUCUGCGCAAACGCCGAGUGCCAAACACAAAGAUUUAAGCUGCCAGUUCUCUGCCGUGAGAAAAGUGCGCGGAGACGGGAACUGUUUCUACAGAGCUUUCUGCUUCGCACACUUGGAGUCAGUCCUGCAUAACGCCAGAGCUCUGCAGAGAUUCAAGGACAAGAUCGUCCAUAGCAGCAAAGUUUUGACUUCUGCAGGAUUUGAUGAGAGUUCCUUCAGGCACCACCUAAACACAGUUGUGAACGUGGUGGAGCAGUGCCAGGCCCAGCAGCAGGAGGACACGCUGCUCCGGCUCUUCAAUGAACCCGUGACCUCUGACGGCCUGGUUCAGUAUCUCAGGCUGCUCACCUCAGCGCACCUGCAGAACCACGCAGACUUCUUCUGCAACUUUGUGGAGGCGCCUGAUCUACACGUCUACUGUCGCCAAGAAGUGGAGGCCAUGGCGAUGGAGUGUGACCAUGUGGACAUCUUGGCCCUGACACAAGCCCUGGACAUUUGCAUCCACAUCGUCUCCAUGGAGGGUGACGAACAGCAGCUGGCUCACCACAUCAUUCCAGAGGGAGCUGAACCAUCCCUGUACCUCCUCUACCAAACGUCACAUUAUAACAUUCUCUACCCACGACCUCAGCUCUGACCAGCAGGCCACUGGGACUCAACUCAGGAAAACUGACUUUAGUUGAAUAAAUCGCAACUGGGCUUUGAGACAGUUAUGAAAAGAGAUUUUUAUAAAAUCUUGCAUUUUACAGCGAUGCAACAACAUCUGUAAAAACAAUUAUUGCACAAUGUGCGUUAAGUAUUUAAAUGAAUCAAAAAGAUUUAUGUUUUUUAACAUGAAUUAAAUGAUAUAAAGCCA